GGUUUAGUAGAAGAACGUAAACGUCAUGGAUAACCAAUGUCAGUGUGUUGUCGGCAGCGAUAGACUAUUAAAUCCUAUCCUCUUCAACAUUCUCAGCCAACUGGAUAACAGCAGUUCAAACAACUUCAGCUAUCAUUCAAUACCUCACAGAUGCAACUGCGAGCUGCGGCGAACAGUGUGUUUGAAAAUGCCGUCGCAGAUUUGCAAAGAAGCUUCAGCAGUACUGGUCAAAACCGUCCAUUUCAUGAAGAACUUGCCCGCUUUUAGCCAGCUUCCGCCCAACGACCAGUUUUUGCUCCUCAAAAGCUGCUGGGCACCUCUUUUCAUCUUGGGCCUGGCACAGGAGCACGUGGACUUCGAGGUGAUGGACGUUCCGUCUGACAGCAUGCUGAAAAAGAUUCUUCUGCAGCGUGAGGGGGAUCCUGAGCUGGAGCGGGAGCAGCCCACCAUGGCCGGCGUCAGCAAACUGAAAUCCUGCCUCAAAAAGUUUUGGAGCUUGGAUUUGAGUCCUAAGGAAUAUGCAUAUCUCAAAGGGACCACCAUAUUUAAUCCAGACAUCCCAGACUUGAAGGCGUCUUUGUUCGUGGAGGGGCUGCAACAGGAGGCCCAGCGCGCCUUGAGCGAAGUGGUCCAGCUCCUUCACCCUGAGCACCAGGAGCGUUUUGCCCGAAUCCUCCUCACAGCCUCCAUGCUGCAGAGCAUCACGCCCAGCCUCAUCAUAGAACUGCUGUUCCGGCCUGUGAUUGGCCAAGCGCACCUGCUGGAGCUCCUGGCUGAGAUGCUCUUCUGCAGGUAGACCAGGACUUCCUUGAACAGAACUGAACCAAAUGGAUUACACAUUUGCGCUAUGAAACGUGUGAAUGAGCAGCUUAUGAAUAAAUUACACUUUUUAUUAAAGGGGGGCUGACAUUACUGUAGCGCCUCAAGAAAGAUUUGGU